UUUGUUUUGUGUUUGUAAAUGUACAUGAGUGAAUGUGGAAUUUGCCAAGAAGUGAACUUUGAUAAAUAUAGAUGAAUAUAAUAAAGUUUCUUCAGAAGCCAACGCAAAUCAAAUACUUCCGCCGGCCGGUUGUCUGCUUCCGGGUGACUGAAUUCAUCAACUAGCGGAAAGAAACUCUGAUGAAGAAACUCUGAUGAAGAAACACAAGUGAAAACUCAACUUUAUAUCAAUUAUCUAGCUCGUAGCGGUUAUCUCGUUUUAAAGAUGAGCUCGGGUUCAACGUGUGCUGCGGAUGGUUGCUACAACAACACCAAGAAACUGAAGACUUUCUCACAAACAUUUUGUUUACAACACCAACAAAUCCGGCAGAGAUGUCCGUGCCCCGCGCCCUACGCCCUGCACUGCAUGCCCGUCAGUGCGGACAGGAGGAAAGCGUGGCUGGCGGCGUUGAAACUACGACGUCUUCCAAAGAGAGUGUAUGUUUGCUCUUAUCAUUUUGUCAAUAAGAGACCCUCCCUACUGCACCCCGACCCGGAGCUUUAUCUGGGCUACGACCGACCGCCUCGUCCGAAGAGGAGGCGGAACCCAGUCCGAACACGACCUGCUGCCUCCUCAGACGGAGCCCGGGUGUCCAACUCUGUCUCAGAUCACGCUGAUUCUGCACCUCCCCCUGACCCACAGCAGCACUCAGUUCAUGCACAGCGCGAGGACCCAGCACAACACGACCACAAUUAUUGCAAGACGGAUGGCGAUGACAUUGGGUCCUCGAUGCUUAAGAACGACUUUGAUGCUUUUCUCUACACUGGUUUAUCCCUAAAAACAUUUCACAUCCUUGUGUCAACACUGGAAGUAUAUGCUAGCAAUGCAUUUCCAAUGUCUGUGCAAGAUCAAGUUCUCAUGACACUUAUGACACUAAAGUCCGACCGUUUGAUAGGUGAUCUGAGCCGACAGUUUCAUAUAUCACAGAGCAUGGCCAGCAAGAUAUUCUCAUAUUGGAUUGACAGACUGGAGGAAGUUUUGCUACCUUUAAUUCCAUGGCUUCCAAAAGAAACCAUUCAGGCAACCUCGCCUGAAGCAUUCAAGAAGAACUUUCCCAAUACAACAUGUAUUUUAGACUGCAGUGAGAUCCUUUUCCAAAAACCCAAAGUUGUUAAUUCAAGUAAGGAAUCAGACCACAAAGUGAAAUACCUGGUAGCCAUAGCCCCAUGUGGACUAAUCAUGUUCAUUUCUCCAGCGUAUGGGGGGCGAUGCAGUGACAAAUUCAUAAGCAUAGACUCAGGAAUAUUAGACCACUUAAAGCCCGGAGAUGAGGUCAUGGCCGAUCAAGGCUUUAACAUAAAAAAAUUGCUGUUGGACAGAGGGGUUAAAUUGGUAAUGGCCUCUUGUACAAAAAAGCGGGGUCAGCUACCUGAGGAAGUGAGAGUUCAUGUUGGAAGGGCAAUCAGCCGUUUGAAAGUUUACAAAAUACUGUCAGAGGUUGUUUCGAGCACCAUGGCUCCUAAAAUAGACAAGAUUCUAAGAAUAUGUGCUGCUCUUGUCAACUUAAGGCCGGAUCUCAUUCAUGAUUUAAACUAACUCGAUGUAAGUAUACAUUUUUCAUGACUAACAUUUUACGUAAGUUUUGGAUUUUAGUUUGAACAGCUUAACAGUUCUGUUGUACAGAAUGUGAUUAUUAUUAAUGCAGGAACUGGACUGCAGGUGGAAGUAGUCUGUAUGACUUUUUUAAAAGUUAGACCAAAUAAACAGGACAUUUUAUUAUUAUUUUUUAAUAUAUAAUAUGGACAUUUUCCGAUGUGCACUGAGGUGGAUGUGUACGACUGUGUAAGGUGAUCUUGCAUAUAAGUCUCGUUUAGUUUUAUUUUGAUUUAUUUGUGUUAUUUACUUUCGUUAUUUUCAGUGUUUUUUUUUAUUUCAAUUUGUUUUGAUUUGUUUUUAUACACAUUUUCAUGUUUAAGUAAGACCGUAUACAUACUGUAACUUCCUAAAGUAAAUGGUCAGCCUAUGUUGAAUUAUUUUGGAUGGAAAAGGAGAUAUGAAAAUAACCAAAUAAAGAAUAAGUUUUUAAAGAAAAUUAAAU